GGCGGAGAGCGACCCGGUGGCGCUGCUUUGCGCCAGUGUUCCCCGCAUAAGCGAGCGAGUGAGUCCAUCGUACGACGGAGCUCUGCGUGUGCCUCACGAUUGCUGCUCGUCCCUCUCGGACUGUGCUGUGCGCGGCUUCUAUACGUUUUUCCUCCUUCUGUACAAAGCACACACACAUAUAUUCGUCUUCGUUUCGCACACCAACACACACACACACACACACAGUUACACACCGAGAGACUACUAUAUAGCCACUAUAUAGACUCGCGCGCUCUCGUUCGCGCUCUCUCUCUCGCACUCGUAUACAAGCACGCAAUUCGAGUACCGACGGCACACAUGCUCAUAUCGUUGCUUCGUACAUAUGCGCAAAUAAACGCGUCUGUGUGAGUUCAUGAUAGCUAUAGCUAUAGAUACAGAUAAGUGUCGAGUCUCGCGCGAGAGAGAGAUCCCUUGCACGGAGUCUUCUCGUUCUGUGUGUGUAUAUAUAUUUAUUGUAUUAUUGUUACAAGUGCUGUGAGAGUACGUGAAUAUUGUGCCCGUGUGUCAAGAAUGUAACCGACGUCGUCGUCUCGUUUACGUCGAUCGUCGUCGGUUGGGAAAAAAACGAAGAGCAACGACGGUACACACGAAGAAAAAGAAGAAUAGCAGUGCUGCAGUGCUCCGUGAAAAGAUCAAGCCGCAGCCAGUGAAUGUGUUUCAUGCCCAUGUGUGUGUUUGUGUAUAUGUGCCCGCGUGUGUGUAUAGAUAUUAGAGUGUCUGCGCUCAUGUAAUGUGAUUGAUAAUCCGCAACACACGCACACACACAAUCACAAACACACAAACACACACACACAUUUAUCCAACAAAUAUAUCGACGGAGAAGAGAGAAACAGCGGUUGUGUCUGCCUGCUUCGUACACUGCAGUGAUUUUCGCGAUAUUGUUCAUGCCUACAUGUCUAUCUAUAUAGUGGAAUACAGACACUAAUGAUGAAAAGUAAUAGACAUCUGUAAGCGGAUCCACAGGAAAACUGUCGCAAACACUGUGAUUAUAAUCACAAAACAUCUAAGCUGGUAAAAAAAUCACUGGAUUCGGAGCCAAUUGUAAUUGGACAAAUUUCCAAGACAAAGGCAAAGAAUAUUAUCAAAGAGAUAAAAAGUGAUACCAGUUGAAUACUUGCUCGGAAAGUUGGACGGCAAAAGAUCAUAACUUCAAGGUUAGCUGAAGUUGCUGGUUCUAAGAACUCUGCCAAAGUGCAUACCUACAUCAAUUGGUGCAUUAAUUAAGCAGCCCAGCAAUGGUGCAGAUAGCGUGGGACGGUGACGAUGGAUGAAUGGGAGUGAGCCCGGCGGAGCUUUGGACGGUGCGGCUCCGGCAGCAGGAGAGGACGCGGCGACGUAACAGCUGCAACAGCGUCGUGGCUGGUCAGUCCCCUUGGCUGGAUGUCGAGCCGUCAGCGCUGGCGACGUCAGUGGCAGUGAUGGCCCCUGCUCUGACGGAAGCCGGACCUCAGAAGCCUGAGAAUCUGAUACCAGCGCUGCCGGCCGGCGGCUUUUUAACCGCCGAGCAGGCCAAGCAGGUUUGUCUCAGUGCAUCGGUGCAUCUCCCGAAAUCGUCGAAUGUGAACAAUAAGCCGAAAAUCUGUCAAGAUCACGAGGUCCUGGCUCAAUUCGUUGUCUCAGCUAACGUCCAGCCAACAAAAAUUGACGAUCAGUGUUUGCACGGUAUUCCAAAGGAUCUGAUAAACGAUGUCAUCAAUCUUAAAUUCAGCAGUGGUCUCGAUAGUUUGUCCGACCUGAUUAUAAAUAAAAAAGAUUCGCUGGCAGUUGCAGCGGAGGAGACAGAAGUGGGUGACGAGUAUAGGGACGCUAUAAUGAGUGACCAAUCCAUGGAUGAUCAAGCCAACAACAUGUGUUUCUUUAAAUCGAUUCCUUACCCUACUGGUACUCCAGAGGAGGAACAGGAAAGUCGCAAUAUUUCCACUGAUUCCAUGACUGCAGCUGCAUCAUCAACAUUAAAUGUCCAAGAAAAGCAAAACGACGUUGACGAAGACGGUUUAGAACAAAUCAUGGGCUUCGCUCAAACUGUCGAUCUUGGACAUAAUGUUGAUGAUAUACUACAGGUAAUAAAGUCAAUGGAGGAAAACGAUGCAGGGGCAGAAGAAAACCGAUUGACAAGCGAGGGCCUUGUUGGAGGCGUAUCAUCCCAGUCAGCGGAAGGUGUUCCCGAAAUUUUUCAAGACAGUGAACCAUUUUCCUUGAAUCUCCUUAGUGACGUGGAUGUGAUAGGUUUAUGCAGUGAACAACUAACGGAUCAGUCUAUAUCUGUUCCAUCAUCAUCUAGUCUUCAUCAUAUUGAGCAGCAGCAUGAUCCAAUGCUGUUGCAACAGCAACAAGAAUCAGCAAGAUUGAAUGCAGUGAGUCAACAACAAACUGUUGUAGAGAAACGGCAGCACGAACUUGAGCGGCGAGCGUCUUUCCUGGCAAGGCGACUUCGUAAGAUUCAAUCGCGUUUGGUAGCCGAACAUGCUGCCGAGCAAACAGGAAACGUGUUACAGUUAGCUCAACAAAGUGCAAAAAAGAACUUGAUCGAUGAUUUAUCAAAUCUUGGAUCGAAAGCGGGUGUUAAUCGAAAUUUUCCAGAGCUUUCGGGUAGUCUUAGUUCCUUUCUCAACAAGCUUCAAAAGAGUUGUAGUGCCCAGAGUAACAGUAUAGCUGUGAGGCAGCGGAAUACGUGUCGGUACUUUGGUGCAGGAUCGAAAGAUUUUAACGGCCCACAGCAACCACUUGGUCGUGGAACAGUAUUUGGCAUGACCCAAAUUAAGCUUGAUGGUAAAGAACUCGAAAAUGUGUGCGGUCCUUUAACUUCAAAGAUUAAGGUAUUGCAAAGCGCCUACGAUUCUGAGUGCACUGCCUCGAGCAGUGAUUGUGACAGCUGUGAUGAACUUCAAACUUUCAACAACCCUCAUCAGCAACAUUUACCAGUUUCGAAACGAGCCGCAUGGCGAUUCGCUCAAGAACGGGCGGCUCUGGCGUCACGCUGGACGUGGCUGCAAGCUCAAAUAUCGGAACUCGAAUACAAGAUCAGACACACAUACGAAAUCCAGAAGCAGAUGAGACUGGCCAAAGGUCCUGUCGUUCUCGAAGCCGCUUCACCACCUCCGCUACAAUCUAGGGUCAGCCCGAUGACGUCGUAUGACGAUAUAGCGUCGACGAUCACGAGUACAACCACGUCCAUGGUCAACGGAUUCAGCAACUUGGUGCCGAACAAUUCCCCGGCGACCCCGGGCCUAAAUUCAAUUGGAGCCUCGUCGUCUGGAGCAGCACGUACCCGGCCUCUGGUUAGAAGUCAAUUCCGCAAACGGAAACUAGUUCGGAUCGAGGGACUUCACGAGAUUUUACCAAAGGUUGCGAGACCGUCUACGAUAAAAUGCCACUGCGAUGGUACCAAGUCAUCUUGUAUAAUCUGCACAGGCAGAUGUGAACCUAUGGCUGGUCACGCGCACGAUACCAUGUCGGUGCAAGAACGUAUUGCGACCCUGGAUGCGUGUCAUCAUCCUGUGCUUACCCUUCGAGACGAAGUUACUCAAUCGGUUCAUUUUGAUGCCGUCAUGAGAUCUAAUGAAUGGCAGCAAAAAAUAAUGAGAGGCGGUAUGCGAGUUUCUAAAGUAAAGGAUAAGGAUACGACUGAAAGGAAAACCAAAAAAGUAUCUGAAAGACCCAAGUACCCUGCAUCGCGAGUAAGGAAGUCAACGACUAGUUUGUGUAGCGAAAAAAUAAAGAAAAAAGUCUUGAACAGUACCCGCACUCGUAACAACAAAUCGGGAACGACGCGCAAACGACCUUCGGCGAAACAGCAACAAUCGCAGCAACAUCAACUUCAAUCACAAUUGCAACAACAACCUGGUUCGGCUUUGCCAACGCCGUUGCAUACGGAUGAAGAUGAAGUUGGAAGUGUCCUGUCAUAUUCCAGCAAGUAUUCGUCACCAGUUGCUUCGCCUUACAAUGCUGCUAUUUCGACACAUGCACCGGAUAAGACUACAUUCAAGGAAAGAUCCUCCUCAAAUUCCCACAAUAGGAUACGACAAAACUCUUUCGACAUCGAUAAUAUUGUGAUACCAUACAGUGUCGCUGCAGCAACAAGGCUAGAAAAACUGCCCUACAAAGAAAUUCUUAUACCACGUUGGAGGCGAUGUGACACAGAAGAAUCUGAUGUUAAAAACGGGACAGUUCAGAAAUCAAAUGUAGAUAAAGAUGUUGAGGAUAUUUCCGAAGAAACAAUAAGAUUGAGACACGAUCGCAGCGAAAGAGAGGAAACUAGCCGUUUUAAUAAUAGUAAACAUUUGCCAUCUUACGGGAGAAGAAAAAGUCGACGUACAGACAGCAAUAAACCAGACAGCGGCGCAAAUACACCAGACGUUGCUAUGUCACCACGCCCUGCAUCAGAAAAUGAGGCUACGUCACCAGCGCCUCAACCAAAUAAUCAUCCAAUUGAGAUCAUAGCACCGCUAGUCCCCCCGUACGAGCCAAGAAGAUUCCCACUGAGCGAUGCCGAUUAUCAGCAGUUAUUAGCCGAAACGGAUACUACCGUACGUUCAAUUCCUAAUGAGAUUCCGGAAAUAGCAUCUGCUUCUCCGAAAGAUGAUAAAAUUGAGUUGCUGGAAACUGAAGCUGACCGAGAAUCAGAUUCAACUGAAUCUGCCCUGUGUGAUAUGGAAGGAGAGGAUCCAAAUGAUCCUGAAUGGACAGUAGCCGAAGAAAAAGAAACGGAAAAGGAUCGAAUUCGACCUACAGCCAAAAGAUAGGAGAAGCUAGUUAGAAGCUUUAUGCUUUUAGCGCGCAUAUCGACUUUAAUCGCAAGAGUUUGUUUUUCUAUGCUAAAUGAGCUACUUGUCAAUUGUUAUGCAUACCUGUCUCUGACGACAUUGCACUUUGUGUAAACGUAUGAUAAUGUAAAGUGUAAUAUAAUAUUUAUAAAUUUUGUAAUUUCACCGACGUUUGCGCUUUAAUAGCUUUAUCUUUAAAGACAACCGAUAGUUUAAAAAUUACGCUAAAUAGCUUUUUGUAUAAAAUGAGAAGAAUUGAAAAAAAAUUAAGACAGAUGAUUUAAAACUUCUAAUAAAUAAGGACUUGAAAGAAAAAGCGAAUGUAUUUAUACUCAAUUUUUAGAUUAGAAAUUCAAAAAGAUAAACUUGAGUCUCAAAAAUGAAUAAAAGUGCCAAUUCCAAUGUUUGCGACAUCAUUCAUAAUUAACGAAGUUUUUACAUUUUUUUAAUAUUAUCAACUCAGUUGUUCAGUUAUUUUUCAAAAACUACGCAAAAACUAUUUUUUAUCAAUCGAAAAUUUUGAAAGAAUCAUAAUUCUUUUUUAGUGAAAUGUAAACUACUUCAAUUUGUGGAAAUGAUACUAUUUUAUUGAACGAUUAUAUUUAAAUAAAAUAAAUAUGUUAAUUGUAUAUGUGCUGAAA